AUGUCUGAAAUUGUGAGAGGCACUUAUCCAGGCGAUGUAACGGCCCGGGGCUUGACGCAUGGCGGAGAGGCCCUGCUUUUGCUGAUCUCGGCAGGACUUGUCAGCAUGUAUGUUCCCGAUUUUCAAGACGAUACCGAUGGUGACUCGGCCAUUGACGUGCCUUUCGAGGAGUCUCUCACGUCUGUCAGGUCGAGCAUCUUUGCGUUCCAACAAGAAAAUGGUCGCACUUAUCACGCUAUGAGCGCGGGAAAAUAUUUUCUACCCAACGACCAUGAAGAAGUCCAAAGACUCGAUCUGCAACACUAUGUGAUGAUCAAAACCUUGAAUGGCAGACACUGCCUCUGCCCUAAGAACGAGACUGCCACAUCAGUGCUAGACCUGGGGACCGGGACAGGCAUAUGGGCCAUAGAAUAUGCCGAUGCCCAUCCCGAGGCGCAUGUCAUCGGUGUGGAUCUCAGCCCGGUACAGCCGGAGUUUGCACCCCCAAACUGUACAUUUGAGAUUGAUGACCUCGAAAAAGAAUGGACUUGGUCAACCAAGUUUGACUUUAUUUUCGCCCGAAUGAUGACUGGCAGCUUCAGUGAAAACCGAAGCGUAGUCGAAAAGGUCUUUGAUCAACUUGAGCCUGGUGGUUAUUUCGAGGCCCAGGACAUGGCUUUGCCACUCGGCUGCGAUGACGGUACCCUCAAGCCAGAUUCGGACUUUUGGAAAUGGUGCACGCUAGUAAUGGAUGGCAUGAAGGCUUUCGGUCGCCCGGUAGCGGCGGCUCAGGAGUGGAAGAAGCUCAUGGAGGACGUGGGCUUCGAAGAUGUCGUCGAGACCGUGUACAAGUGGCCGACCAACCAAUGGCCGCGUGACCCAUUCUACAAGGAGCUCGGAACCUGGAGUCUGAUGAACAUGGACGCCGCACUCGAGCCGUCCACCAUGGUCCCUCUGACUAGGGCAUUGGGUUGGAGCAAGGAUGAGGUCACUGUGUUAGUGGCAAAGGCCAGGAAGGAGCUCAGGGACCCGCGUAUCCAUGCCUAUUGGCCCAUAUACGUCGUGUACGGGCGAAAACCGCUUCGGCCGACUGCUGCUGCGUGGUCGCCAGAACCCGUGCCUACAGCGACCCCGGCGGCGGCCCCAGCUCUUGGUUCUGCGUCAAGCGCUGCGCCGGCCCCUGUCACUGUCGAGACUGAGAGUGAGGCUGCGCCAGCCAAGGAAACAGCUGAGGCCACAUCAUCCAAGACAGCGGAAGCUUCUGAGAAAACAACAGAGAGUAAGGACACAAAGGGCAAGGAAGGUAAAGAUGCAAAGGAAGAGGUGGGAUCUUCGUCUGUGUCAGAUGCAAAGCCAGAGUAGGGGGCGUAUCAGAAAAGCAACAAGCUUGCACGAUCUGCUUCUGCUGGCGGCGUCCACCGAAAUCGCAGAAGCAAUUCAACAGUGACAGACGGUCGGGUCAGAUAACGGAUGUCGGGGAAAGGCAAAAAGAAAAGAAAAAGGCCCGGUAACAACCAUGUUUACCGAGGGUGUUAUCAUACAAUGGUGAUCAUUUUGUUCAUAACCCAAUUUCUCUUGACUACCAUUAUAUCCAUUUUUAUUCCAUUUUGGUCUCUACUCCCUGACUUUUAAGCCUAGGUUCGUCAAAACUUUCCAUCAGGGCUUUCAAACUCUGGAGUUCAUCAUCCUCAUUCAAAGAACCAUAUAUGUCGAGC